AUAAUAAUAAUAAUAAUAAUAAUAAUGUUGGUGAAUUUAAUUGUAUUGAUAUUUUUGUAGCUGUAGUAGUAGUAGUAGUAGUAGUAAUAAGAAGAAGAAAAAAAAGAAGAAAAUUAUUAGUAAUUUUAGUUGCAUUUUUAAAAAUGAAAUCGUUAUUAUUUACUAAAAUAAUUGUUUUAAAGAUAUUUUAAAUAAAUUAUUAUUAUUAGCAAUAGUGAUUGUAUUAUUAUUAUUAUUAUUAUUAUUACUAUUAACACCAGUAGUAGCAGUAGUUGUCUAGUAGCACUAGUAUUUUUUUUUUGGUUCUCAUUUUAUUUACAAGUUAUUCCUUUCCAGAAUAGAGAUCCCUCCUCCAAGAUGCAGUUAAGUUCCUCCUAUUUUCAUCCAGCUAAAAACUGGUUGUUCAAACUGAGACUGGCUCAAACACUUUGUCUCACUGUGUGCACAGCUGCCAAAGAAAAAAAAGACUCAUCUUUGUCUCCAGAUGCUAGACAAACACACCAUUUGGAUUUGUUAAAACGCCUAGUUAAAGGGAAGUUUCAUCAUGGAGAACAGCUUAAGCCAAGAAGCAGAGGAAAAUCCCUAUCUGUGUUUUCAGAGAACACCGUCUCUCAGACGUAAAUGGAGAAAGCGCUACGGAGGCCUAGACGGUAAUAAACUGCUGGAGCCAAAUAAGGAGGACGACACAAGAGAGAAUGGAGAGAUGACAGAUGCCCUCACCAACAGGAACGCAGACCCUGUGAAGUUUACUGCGUCUAAGGAAACAAAAGCUGCAGGGAACAUUCCACAACCUGUGCCAAGAAAUACCUUUCCAUCCCAGAGGCCAGUCAAUUACGUCUCUCCAGGCUCUACAGGCAUGCCAUCUUUUAUAAGCAACGGAGGCACAAAACGGACAAUACCAGAGCAGGACAAACUUUAUGCCAGCCAAGCCAGCCAAGCAUGGCAACACUUGGGCCGCCCCGAGAUGAAUCAAGGUCAUUUUAAGAAAAAAGUGGCUGCUGAUGUGCUUUUUGAUAGUUUUGCCUCUGGGGGAAGAGUCAACUGCAAUCAGUUUUUUGAGGCCCUGUGGAGCUCAGGAAUCAUCCGAACAGACCCACGGAUUAAAGACUGCUAUAGCCUGAUGCGGAAAUUACAGGAAGCAGAUGGAACUGUUGACAGGAGCACUUUUCACAGGUGCGUGACUGGCUUUGUGUCUUUCAUCCUGAAGGCAUUGCAGGGAAGAUUUGUCAUUCCAGAUUUCUCUACAUUCACAGAGGAAACACAAAAGCUGUUUAUUAAAUGCAAACAACUCUCCUCUGUGAAGGAGAAAGAAGAUGUAAGAGAGAGCGCCACAAAAUGGGGCAUUUCAAUUUGUACCGUGGAUGGACAGAGACUUUCCUUAGGAGACUGGGCUGAACCUUGCAUUCUGGGAGAGAUUUCUUGGCCUCUCAUAUACGGUCUAGCGGUGGACCAGCAAGGAUCUGACUAUGUGCACAGAUUUGUAGGGAUGGAUGAAUAUUCCAAAUACGAGUCUCUGUUUACCCUGACCAAGCAAGGUGUGCCUCAUAGUCCGCUGGUUGAGACAGGAGCCAUUAUCUGCACUUCUUUAUUGCAGCUGGCAACCAGACCAGUCACGGAUGAGGAAGAAAAGUAUGAGUCUGUUUUGAAUAUCAUCAGAAGACUGUGCAACAAGGAGCAUGCAAACCUAAACUGCACCAGUUAUCAAAACCUGCGAAAAGACAUCAUCCAUCUCCACGCGCUUUCAUUUUACUUGCAAGAGAAGAAAUGCUUUCCAGAAGGUGUGGGGAUCAAUUCUACCCUGGAUUUACUGUUACAGUGUUUAUCGACAGAAGUCACCUGCGAGUCUGGCGCUGCACUGGCUGCAACCCUAGCUAACGGGGGACUGUGCCCCCUGUCAGGUGACCAAGUGAUGUCACCCCACGCCGUCCGCAGCACGCUUUCCGUGAUGCAGGUGGCUGGAAUGAAUGAUUAUUCCAAAAUGUUUCAUUUCAAGACAUCUGUUCCUGCUAAGUCCAGUCAGUCUGGUGUCGUGUUGGUCGUGGUUCCUGGAGUUCUGGGACUCAUGUGCUGGUCUCCUGGACUGGACUGCAAUGGAAAUUCAUGGAGGGGUGUCCAUUUCUGUGAGGAGCUGGUUUCAACCUUCCAGCUGCACAGUUUUGACAUUAGGACACCAUUCAGACAGGUGCUGUGUUACAGACAGUGGAAAGUGGAGUCAGAGGGAUACCAAAUUAUGAAUGUACUUUUGGCUGCUUACAGAGGGGACAUAGUAUCUCUGCGCAGGUACCUUCUGUCAGGAGCAGAUGUGAAUGCUGUGGAUUAUGAUGGACGGUCAGCGCUGCACGUCGCUGCCUCUGAGGGCCGUCUGGAUGUCAUCAAGUUCCUGGUGGAGAACGCAGGUGCAAUCUGCACACUCAAGGACAGGUGGGGAAACACGGCCUUACAGGAGGCCAUGAGAUGCAAUCAAGACCCUGCCAUCCAGUUUCUGAAGAAAUACACAGAUUAUGAAGAGAGUUUAUGAUCAAAUACUAAUAACUCAUUGGUGUAUUAAUUUAGAUUUGAUAUUUACAUUCAAGAUACAAGUAGAUAUGGGUUAUAUUUAGAAUGAAGAGGAGGUUAUAAAGAGCAGCAAAGGCUUCUCUUGGAAAACAUUAGUUGUAUUCUGCUGGCAACAGUCCCAGACAACCACUCUCUGCUUAUUGAGAAUUACUGAAACCUUGUUUUCUCAAUAAAUACUUCAACAGCAUGUGUUUACUGAUUCAACACUCAAACAUUAUGAAUGAAUCUGCUCAAAUCCAAUGCUAUCUUAUUUUUGCUGUAGUUGUUGGGUAAACAACUGAAUGCAGUUGAAUUGUGUUUUCAGGACGAGGAUAUUUUAAUAAAUGUCAGAGCGGGGCAAGUUGUCACAUGUUUUAUCGAUGUUGAAAACGGUGUGGAUUUUUUUCAGGAUUCUUUGAUGAAUAGAAAGUUCAACAGCAUUGAAAUUAUAAAUGUCUUUACUGUCACUUUUGCAUCCUUUUUUGCACCCAAUUUAAUGCAUCCUUGCUGAUGGCUGCUUAAAAUUCAACUUUGCCAUUACAGGAAUAAAUUACAUUUUAAAAUAUAUUUGAAUAGAAAAUAUUUAUUUUAAACUGUAAAUUUCACAAUAUUUAACAGUUUCAGCUGUUUUUUUUAUUAAAUAAAUGCAACCUU